UUUUUGUUGUUGUUUGUGUUUACAUCAGUGAGUUUGGUAAAAUUUUCGGCUUAUUUCCGUGUCCGCGGUGCAUUUUUACAUUUAAUUUUGAAUUUAAUAUAAUAAAACCUGAAAUACACCGGAUAAACCAUGAACCUUCAACUGUUAGAAUCGUUCGGCCAGAACUACCCGGAAGAAUUCGAUGGAUCACUAGACUGUAUAUCCCUGGCCGUGACGUGUGCCUUUAACAAAUACGGAACUCUUUUAGCCGUUGGCUGCAAUGACGGUCGUAUAGUGCUAUGGGAUUUCCUAACCAGGGGGAUUGCGAAGAUCAUUUCCGCCCACGUUCAUCCGGUUUGUAGCCUGUGUUGGUCCCGCAACGGGCACAAGCUGCUGUCGGCUUCGACCGACAAUAAUGUGUGCAUUUGGGACGUGGUCAGUGGUGACUGCGAGCACAAGUAUCGAUUUCCAUCGCCGAUUCUCAAAGUCCAGUUUCAUCCGAGAAAUGAUAACAAAUUUCUAGUUUGCCCGAUGCGAUACGCCGCCGUCCUGGUGGAUAUUGGCGGAAAACAUCAAUGUCUACCGGUGGAUAGCGAUGGCGAUUUGAACAUCGUAGCUUCUUUCGAUAGACGUGGAGAUCACAUCUAUUCUGGUAAUGCAAAGGGUAAAAUCUUAGUAUUGAACGCCAAUACAUUGGAAAUAGUUGCCAGUUUCAAGAUAGCUGUGGGAACCUCGAGUGCCACCGCAGUCAAGAGUAUAGAAUUUGCGCGGCGAGGAGAAGCUUUUCUUGUUAAUACGUCGGAUCGCGUCAUAAGGGUUUACGAUUCAAAAGAGGUCGUAACUUGUGGGAAAGACGGUGAACCCGAACCAAUUCAGAAGUUGCAGGAUUUGGUUAACAAGACAACCUGGAAGAAGUGUUGCUUUUCGGGAGAUGGCGAAUACAUCUGUGCCGGAAGUGCUCGUCAACAUGCGCUGUACGUUUGGGAGAAAUCGAUCGGUAAUCUGGUGAAGAUUCUUCACGGAACCAAGGGUGAAUUGCUGCUAGACGUGGUUUGGCAUCCGGUUCGACCGAUCAUUGCCAGUAUCAGUUCCGGUUUGGUCUCGAUCUGGGCCCAAAAUCAGGUGGAAAACUGGUCUGCCUUUGCUCCCGAUUUUAAAGAAUUAGAUGAGAACGUCGACUAUGAGGAACGAGAAUCGGAAUUCGACAUUACCGAUGAGGACAAAUCGGUUGACUUGGCUGCCGAAUCCAAGCAAGACGAGGAAGUCGAGGUGGAUGUCGUUUCGGCAGAGCCAAUUGCAGCAUUUUGUUCGUCUGACGAAGAAAACGAAGACGAAAAUGCACUGCAGUUUCUACCCAUUGCUCCGGAAGUGGAGGAUCCGGAAGACGGCUGGGGCUCGCAGGAUAACUCGGAUACGUUAGUUUCCGGUUAUAAUAACACGAGUCAUGAUUCGAUGAAGGAAAACGAACCAUCAUCUAAGAAAAGGAAAGCCAACUCGUACGAUAUUGCGCUGGAUAAUGCGCCUGUUGAAGACGUACAUCCCUUGCUGCAAAACAAAGCUAACAAGGACAAAUCAACAGCGGCUAAUAAAAAGGCUGCGGGGAGACCAAGAAAAUAAUUCCAAAUCAUGGGGUAUACGGUAAGAAACUCUUGUACCUUCCUAAUACUUUUUUAUAAUUUCAUAUUGUUUACUCAUACUGUUUAUUUGAGGGUCAAAUCUUCAAAUCAACAAAAUUCUCAUUUCUAGUAUAUAUUUCUCCUUGUAAAUAUAACUUUUUAAGUCCCA